AUGAACUUGAACAACGAGACCGCCACUGUGACUUCGUUGUAUGACGUGCGCUUGGACUCCGCUGGGCAGCUCAUGGACCCGACCGGUGCACUUAAACCUCUCUUCUCUCAAGCCUCUUCUUCUGGAUGGCGAUUGGGUGCGAUGACCCGCUCAACGACUGUCAGUGUCUCCAAGAAAAGUGGAUUUUUAAGGAAGGGAAACUUAAUGUAUAGUACAAUCACGGAACGCUCCUUGGAGAUCUACUUCGAUCCGUCUGGCAUGGAUACCUCUGCAGGUCCACUUACUGUAAGGAUCGACGUCAAAAAGAAAUCCGCUUCAACGGGCAUCCCCGGCGGGGCUCCCGGCGAGACUUCCUGGGUCACAGUCGAGCCGGAAGCGAAAUUGAAACUUCCGUCUUGCACUGUUCAAAUGGGGUCCUGGAAGAUAGAUGGAUCAAUUCCCCACAUGCUUCUCAGCAUCAAGUGCACAGUCACACUUCGAUGUUCUAAACCACCUUCCAUUCCGAGGGCGCCUGAAGUGGGUCCACCAUUACAGACCAGUCUGAAGAAGUCUAUCCAUACCGGCACUUUUGUCGACACGAGAUUUUUCGCUUUCUCACAACGCGAACGUUCAGGGAGGGUCCUUCGCCCUGCCCCAAUAUUCGCCAAUAGCGGAGCACUCAUCGAACAUACGCCUUAUUUCAAAUCACUGCUUACGGCUGACGGAUUUGCUGAGUCAGUUAAAGGCGUUCUGGAUGCUCAGUUCCCCCAAAAUCAACCUGAUUUCAUUGACGAGUACGACUACUCGUCAGACAGUGACCUAGAAGACGUGCCCGAAGAGGGUAAUCCGGACUCAGAAAGGCCGAUGCAGGGGCCGCCCAUUCCCGCGACCGUGGAAGACGGAUCUUCGGAUAAUACCCAGCAGGGAAUGUUGCAUAAUGAUGUCGAACCUACAGCACCAGAUACUCCUAAUGUGGAACCUUCGGAGACGGAAGCGAUACCCCAGACUCCUCUCGAAAACUCAGACUUCGCGCACGAGAAUGGAAGUCAAGCCGCUACCAAGGAGUGUGAACAAGUCCCGGAUAUUCCUAAGAGCGCAAAAUUGGGGCUGAGUGUCACAGCUACAGACACCGCGCUACCUGACGGCUCUGGCCCACUGGGGCGAACAGUUGUUGUAAAGGACGCUGCGCUGCUCACGUUUACAGCGUUAAUACAUUAUUUGUACACUGGCGAGAUUGAGUUUGCACCGCUGAGGUCUCAGCUGGCCAAUACUACGGGUGAAGACGAUGCUGGUGCAGUAAGGGCCGACCUCCCGCGGUGUUCCCCGAAAUCCAUGUACCGCUUGGCGGAUAAGCUUGGACUACAGGCUCUCAAAAACAUAGCAUUUGAGGCUAUCCGCGCUAGCCUCUCCAAGGAUAACAUUGCGGAAGAAGCUUUCUCCAAGUUCACCUGGACGUACGAUGAAGUCCGUGCCAUGGAGGUUGAAUCCCUUCAAAAGUUUUGCAAGUCCGCUGACGGUGAGGAGGUGGUGCGUAGGGUGGAACAGUUCAUGUUGACCGCACCGGUGGAGAACUUGAGACGUUCCAUGGGGCUCGUACCAACACUUCUCAUGCUGCUGGCUUAG